AUGGCGCUCAUACAAACAAGCCUCAUCUGGGUGGCCUACGCCGUCGCCAUCGCCAUUCUCCUCGCCAUAGCUUCCAUCUUCGUCUUCCUGUACCAGAAGCCGAGAGAUCGGGCCGCAUCGGUUACCGUUGUGUGCAUCUUCACGACCCUCGCACUGCUUGCGACCGUUCUCCUCAUCCCCGUCGACGUCGCUCUCGUCUCGUCCACGUCCAGAUCGAGCCUAGGCCAGAAGAAGGACUGGGCCACGCCAGACAAGGUCCACGGCAUCGUCCGCACCCUCGAGAUUGUCUACUACACGCUCUAUUCGCUUGAUGCGCUGCUCUGUCUGAUCGUUGUGCCCUUCACCUACUUCUGGUACGAGGAAUACGACGAGGACGCGGCCGAGCAUGGCGAGCAGACGGCUGGCCAGCGCAUCUGGGGCGCCUUCAAGUACACCAUCGCCUUCCUCGUCUUCGUUGUCACCAUCUUCCUGAUUGGCUUCUUCGUUCCCUUUGCAAAGCAGGCCAAGGACGACAAGCGCCUCGACCUGGACUACUUCAAGCACCUCCUCUCUGAGAACCAUGGAGAACGUGCUCUCGCAUUCGCACUUGGUCUUCUGAUGACUGUCGGUACCGUUCUGUUUGUCCUCUACACCGGAGCCGGAAUGGCAAUGCUGCCCGUGGCCAUGAUCAAGUCCGCACCCUAUGUCUCGAACCCUACCCUAGCCGCCAACACUGCGUCCCAGCUCGAGGCCAACCGUGAGCGCCAGAGGCAGCUUGAAGGCCGCAACGAAGGUCGCGAUGGAGGACUCGAUGCCCGUGAUAGGCGCGAGCUCGAGUCCCUCAUCCGGGAAGAGCGUACCCUGAUCCGCCGUGAGCGUCUUGCUGCCGAAUCAAGCGGCGAGGACCGUCACUGGAUCGUCAAGACAUGGAUCAAGAUUGAGGCCGUGUUCCGCCCGCUCAAGCUCGUCGGUGGACUGCUGCUCAUCGUCGUCGCCCUGGUCAUCUUCGCCAGCAUGCUCAUCACCGGCAUUGACAAGGCUAAGAACUCAAUCUGCGGCGCCCACUGUGGUUACAUCCUCGGUCACAUCAACAUCUUCCAGCCACUGAACUGGGUCCUAGUCAAGUCAUCCAAGGUCUUCCCCAUUGACUACGUCCUGUUCCUGCUCCUGGUCUUGUUCUUCUUCUCCGCAUCCGUCGUUGGUAUCGCGACAGCCGGCAUUCGCUUCCUCUGGCUCACUCUCUUCAAGAUCCGCAAGGGGCAUACUUCUCCCCAGGCCAUGUUAAUGGCGACUGUCCUACUCACUCUGAUCGUACUAGGUAUCAACUACUCCGUCGCCAUGGUUGUCGCUCCACAGUACGCCACCUUUGGUCCUCAGACCUACUGUGACCUGAGCACCAACUCCCGCGACGAGACGCCUGACUGCUCAGAGCACAAGGACCUCAUCAAGCCAUGCAGCGAGCUUGCCAAGAACCCCUCUGCCCAGGACGUCUGCACACCAUCCGUCCUGAGCACCUUCAUCAACCGCGUCACCAUCAACUUCCCCUUUUUUGGUGUCGUUUUGUUCUGGUCUCAGUUUGCCUUCCUCGGCGUGUACCUGAUCGUCUUCGUCACAACCCUUUUCCGCGUUCCUAAGAUUGACCAGGACCAGGUCGAUCGUGAUCUUGAGGAAGAAGAGGAAGAGGGUCUUCUUGCCAGCACUGGACGCCGAUUCAAUGCUACCUGGCAAGACAUCACCGGCCGCUCCAAGCAGACGUAUGGCGCGACCGAGUCCAGGAACGGAGAGCACAGCUAA